AUGAAGGUCUUGUUAUUCUUUGCUGUUUUCUUCUGCUUGGUCCAAGGAAACUCAGGGGAUAUUCCACCCGGAAUCAGAAAUACUAUCUGCCUCAUGCAGUAUGGCCACUGCAGACUUUUUUUGUGCCGUUCUGGUGAGAGAAAGGGGGAAAUCUGCUCUGACCCCUGGAACAGAUGCUGCAUUCCCAGUUCCCUUGAACACAGAAGACAGAUGACAUAG